GUAAAUUUCAGUACAUUUUCACAACAAGAAAAAAGAAAGAAUUACAGGUAAUAGUAAACCUAUAAAUUUCGUCUCGCCUUUGCUGCCAACUCUUUCAGUGAUUCGGUCUCGCCACUUUGAUGAGUUCAUCUGUGCAGAACCAAAUGGAAGAUGGAGGCGAAGUGGAAUCAAAAGCAGGGGAGGUGAUGGAAGGAGUGGCUUCAAUAGCUCUGUUACCAUGUGGGUCUAUAUCAGGCCAUUUCAUUAAAGUGAAUGAUCACACUAACAUUUGCUAUGGUCUCCAUGGAACUGAGUUGGCUUGUGAAAAGGAGUGCAGCAGGGGAGAGGAUUAUCGUCUUAUCAAGCUUGCAAUCAUAGACUACAAUAAAAAGAAGGAGAAAGUUGUUGUUGUGGAGUGUAGAGGCCAUGAUGCUGCUAGGUUGAAUAGCAUCGAUCACGCUCAUGGUUGGGAGAAAGAUGUUGUAGAUUUGGUUGAUGAACAGCACGGGAAGAACAAGAUUAUGGUUUCAUUCAACUGUGAGACACUGAAAUCUGACGAAGCAGCAGAAGAACAUAUCAGCAAGUUUUUGCCCAAACUAGCAGGCCUAGAUGCAGUUGUCAACAUCGGUAAGAUGAGCAUUGCUGGGUUGGACUUCGAAGCUGAGGAAUGAGCAGAAUAUGUAACCUGAUCCGUAAUAUUUCUUUCAUUUAUAAUUAUGCGUAAACAACUAAACAAUAUGACUAACGUCAUGUCUUGUAAUAGUUGUAUUUCACCGUCUGUCUUUGCAAUAUUAGUCAUUUGGAUUUCAUCAGACCUAAUAAAAAAUUUCCCUUCCUCACUGUA